AUGCAAGACAUGAGAGAAUCUGCGUCCGAGCCAUCUAGAGCGCUCUCAACUUCAAAUGGCGCCGCAGUGAACAGCCAACAGCCUCCACCACACUAUCCCAACCCCCCUGCCACGACAACAAAAGAAACGGAUAACAUCCCUUCGUUCCCCUCUUCGACAACCACCGCAACAACAGUCGAAUCCUCCCCCUCACUCUCCGCCGUCGUCGCCGACGUCCACCAGCGCGUCCAGUCCUUCCUCCAAGAAUCACACCCCCCAGAUUCCCUUCUCGCCGCCGUCCAACGACAGACCCGCAUCUCACUGGACGUCAUCGCAACAGCCCUAUCCCGCUACAAGCUCUCCGAACUCUCCCUCUCCUACAACGGCGGCAAAGACUGUCUCGUCCUGCUCAUCCUCUUCCUCGCCAGUCUCCACCCGCAUCCAACCCCCGAGGAAGGCGGCCUCGCCUAUAUCCCCGCCAUCUACGCCCUCCCUCCCGAUUCUUUCCCUGCAGUCGAGGAGUUCGUCCAGUGGUCCUCGCGCGCCUACCACCUCGCAAUCGUGAGAUUCACCACCGAGCCGCCCCGCACCACCCUCAAGUCAAGCUUCGAGCACUACCUCUCCCUCAACCCGUCCAUCAAAGCCAUCUUCGUCGGGACCCGGCGCACUGACCCGCACGGGGCCAAUCUGACCCAUUUCGAUCCUACCGAUAGCGGAUGGCCUGAUUUUAUGCGCAUUCACCCUGUCAUUGACUGGCACUACGCGGAGAUCUGGGCUUUCAUUCGUCACUUGGGUCUUAAGUAUUGCUCCCUCUAUGAUCGAGGUUACACUAGCCUAGGAGGCACUUCAGAUACCCACCCGAAUCCCAAGUUGCGUGUGGAACACAGCGCCGAUUCAGGUCAAGGCGCUGCAGACGGUACACAAUCUCAGCACUACCGACCAGCCUACGAGUUGACCGAGGACCAGGAGGAGAGGCUGGGACGCAGCAAAUAG